AUGACUAGCCCCACAUCAGUACUAUUAGUAGGGGGAUCAGGUUUCUUAGGCUUACACCUAAUUGAUAAAUAUUAUGCGUUACAACCAAGACCAGAAAUCCAUAUCCUAGAUAUUAGACCAAUCCCUCGAAAAAUUAAUCUAAAACAAUUUAGUUUUGAUCCUAAAGAUAUUCAUUUUCAUAAGGGUAAUUUGACUUCUCCUGAGGAGGUCGAAGAUAUUAUUCGUAAAUCAAAAUGUGAGGUUUUAGUUCAUUCAGCUUCUCCAAUACAUGGACAAGAAUCCCACAUUUAUACUACAGUUAAUGUUAAGGGGACACGUAAUUUACUAGAUAUUUCGAAAAAACUUGGAAUUCGCGCAUUUGUAUAUACAUCCUCAGCUGGUGUUAUAUUUAAUGGGCAAGAUAUACAUAAUGGAGAUGAGACUUGGCCAAUUCCAGAAGUACCUAUGGAUGCCUAUAAUGAAACUAAGGCCAUUGCAGAAAAUAUGGUAUUAGAAGCUAAUGAUGAAAAAUCUAAUUUCUAUACAAUUGCUCUAAGGCCAGCAGGGAUAUUUGGUCCAGGUGAUAGACAAUUAGUACCAGGAUUGAGACAAGUAGCUAAACUUGGCCAAUCUAAAUUUCAAGUGGGAGACAAUAAUAAUCUUUUUGAUUGGACAUAUGUUGGGAAUGUGGCUGAUAGUCACGUCCUUGCGACCCAAAAGCUUCUAGAUAAAACGACAUGUUCUAAAGUCUCUGGUGAGUCAUUUUUUAUUACUAACGAUACUCCUUCUUAUUUCUGGGCCUUAGCAAGAACAGUAUGGAAAGCUGAUGGUCAUAUUGAUAAACGAAUAAUAGUGUUAAAAAGACCAAUUGCCAUUUUAGCAGGCUAUCUAUCAGAAUUCUUCUCAAAAUUACUUGGGAAAGAACCUGGGCUAACUCCAUUUAGAGUCAAAAUUGUGUGUGCGUAUCGUUAUCAUAACAUAUCAAAAGCUAAGAGACUAUUGGACUAUCAACCUAAUGUAGAUAUUGAAGAAGGUAUUAGAAGAACACUAUUAUGGAUGGAUGAAGGAUUAGAAUAA